AUGCUCGAAACGAUCUACAUCGCGCGCCACGGCUUUCGUCUCUCGUGGGAAACAUCGGGUCCGUUCACCGACUCGAUCCGACUGGACUGACUCGAACUGAUGCUGCCUUCGGAACGUCUUGUUCGCGCACAGUCUGGAAUGCGCCGACGGGCACCCCACGUGAUCCACCGCUCUCGGCGCACGGGGUCGAUCAAGCAAACGAACUGGCGAGCUGGUUAAAGACCCUGUCCGUUGAUGAGAGACCGCAGAGGAUAUAUUCUUCGUACGUCGGUGUGUAAGCUCGACGAGGCUCAGGAGCAUCGACACCGGUGACGGAGGUGGCGUGUCCACCCCACUGUGGAGAAGCGGAAUGUAAUAGUCCCCGUCGGCGAGAGAUCCAAGAUCGCGCCAAGGAGCUGUUGCUGAUCCCCAGUCGAUCACCAUAAUCAGCCCCUUGUACCGAUGCCUACAGACUUCGACCCCCGUGGCCGAGGCGUUGGGUUGGCCGAUCCUGGUCGAGCAUGGAUUGGCCGAGUGGUAUCUCCCCGUCAGAAGGGGUAAGCUGGCGAGAAUUGUUGGGAUCGCAUGUUCAAGAGGGUCUCAUACAAGGUUUACACUCGCACAGGUCUGCACCCUCGUAGUCUCCCGGCUUCCGAACUGAUUGAAUGGAUACCUCGGAUCGCGCCGACGGCCCAUUCAUCGCUACUCUACCCUUCCCAAAGGGGCGAAACACCACACCAACUGCACGAAAGAACAACACAAGUUCUCACCCUACUCAUCAAUCACAUCAACUCGUCCCCCGACCCCCCCAAAACGAUCAUCCUCUUCACCCAUGCCGCGACCUUGAUCGCUCUAGGGAGGACUUUGAUCGACGAUAGGGAAUGCUUCGUCAAAGCUGCAACCUGUUCGGUCAGCAGGUACGAGCUUGUCAAAGGGAAGCAAAAGGAGAGGGAUGGACUGGGCAGGUGGGAGAUCAAGAUGAAUGGGGAUACUUCCUUCUUGAAAGGCGGUGAAGAGGUAGGCAACUUUUUUUCUCUCGCGGGGCUAUGUCCUGAGCAUUAGACGACCGGUAGACUCAGAGUUCUCGCAAACUUUUGAUUAUCUGCAGCGCCAUUGGGAUUUCUCGUUCGUGGAAGCUUAUGGUGCGUAUUAGGGUCUGCGGUGAUCCGCAUCGGGGGGAGGUGGAUCUCCUGACUGGUGCCAGCACUUGGUUGGACGCAGGACUUGGCCGAGAAAAGACUGACUCGUCUAACUCUUCUCGUACACAGAGGAAGAUGGUAUCUUGGAAGAUGGUACCGACGCACCCUUACUGUCGGAUCAGUACAAAACCGUCGACAACACGUCGUCAUCGACACCAGCGGAGGUGACGAAUGUAGGGACCAAAUCAGCGAGUUCGAGCAAGUUAUGAUGCGAGAUCGUUUAAAUCCUGGAUUGUCAAUGUUUUCCAUAGUAGAAUGUACUGCACCAGGAGAUCUUGAAUGGACGAGGCAUCCUCAGCAAGCACUUUACUAGAGUUCGGAUCAUCUUCGGUUGCCUUUUCGAGAGAGAAGUUUCUUCGCCAUUCGCGGUGGAGAAGAGCACCUCCGGUAGAGCAUCUUUGACAUUUUAGUCACUCAACUAGUAGAUUUGGUUUGUGCCAAUAAAAGCUCAGAGCUUUCAAAGAGAUCUAUCACCCAGCCUGGACUGUCCGGAACCGGUAUCGACAUUACUCAGCGAAGCGAUCGGAAUUAGUCAGCGAACUUCUGCGUUGACUCGGCCCGAGUGGGGGCGAGCUCGCUCUCCUCUUUCGGCUCUAUCAUCACCACGACCCCUCCAAUUCACAAGUGAGCUGUUGCGUGUGACGGUAGCUCUCGAAUCUGCCCCGUAUUCGACUCCUCGCUUAUACUGCCUCUCGCUUUGGCUCCCUCCUCCGUUGCUUGCCCUGGGUCUUCGGCGUCCAAGUGUUCACCGGUUUGGUCGAGGUCAGUUCGUACUUCCCACAGGCGAGAGAUCUCUCGGUCCAACCAAAGAACCACCUCUGUCCUGCUCCUUAGAUCCUUGGCACGGUCAGUUCGAUCCACCCCACGACCGAAUUCGAAGGCUUCUCGUUCGUCAUCUCGAACGCGCAAGAGAUUCUCGACGAUUGCAAGUUGGGCGAUUCGUUCGCCGUGAAUGGAUGUUGCUUGACCGUCACCGAGUGGGAUACGAAGGAGGGAUGGUUCAAGGUCGGGUUGAGCAAUGAGACGUUGCAGAGAACCGAUUUGGGUACGUUCAGAGCAUGGACCAAGCUUUGUCGGCGUUCACAUCUUGCCCCCACCCCCACCCCCAUCUCAGGGGGAGAAUGGGCGAGGGGGUCACAUCGGCGAGUUUGUACCAGCUCUGACCAAGUCGAAGGAAGGCUGAAUCGGGCUCUCAUGCACCCUUGUAGGCUCGAUCAAGGUCGGAUCUCGAGUUAAUUUGGAGCGCGCGAUGGCCGGACACGGUCGAUUCGGAGGACAUUUCGUUCAGGUCAGUUUUGUGAAGUCAAUGCCAGGUCGGGCAGGCUUCUCUUCAUUCGAUCUUCCUGCGUCCGCGCGAACGGCAUCCAAAUCCUCAUCUCCUGCGACAUGGAUUCUCACUCAUCAUCUCAUCCUGUAGGGCCACGUCGAUACGGUCGCUCAACUCUUGUCCAUCACGCCCGAUGGCGAUUCAAUUAGGCUGCUCUUCUCCUUACCGUUAUCUUUCUACUACUCGCUCAUUCCCAAGGGUUACAUCGCCCUGGAUGGUACUUCCCUGACCCUGACGCACCUUUCGAUCCCCCGCGAGGGGGACGAGUACUACACCGAUGGGCAAACGGGUCUUUUCGGCGUGAUGCUCGUGCAACAUACGCAAUCGAGAACGGUCGUCGCGUUCAAACAGGUCGGUGAUAAGGUCGCGGUCGAAUGCGAUGUCGUCGGCAAAGGCGUCGAGGCGAUCGUGAGGAACGUGUUGCAGAGUGGGGGAGAACAGAAUGGGGCCUUGGAGGCGAUGAUCGAGAGGGCCGUCGAAAAGGUUUUGCUACAGAAGGGGCUCGUGAAGCCGUAA